AUGAUUCAGAUCGAGGUGGAAGAUUCUGAUGACGAAUCCACCGACUUUUCAGAUUUCAUUCAGGUCAAGAUGGACCCAUACAUAGAGGAUAGCAAACAGAACCUCUCCAACUCUGUCAGCCUUGAACCAGCUUCGGGAGUGAAACCAGUUGUGAAAGGUGAACAACCUGUGAAGGUUGAGCCCGCUACUUCAGGGAAUGUUACACAGUGCUCGGAACAUGGUGUGAAAGCUCCCCUUGUAGUUACCAUUGAUGAUGACAACAGUCCCAUGAAAGACACCAAGGGGGAUAAGGAUAAGACCUCUUGCGUGACUCCAGACCAGCCCACAACUGCUGACGACAUCAAAGCCCGAAUUGCGUUGGAACUUGCAAAGAGACGUGCUUCCAAGUUUGCCAUGGACAAUGCAGAGACACAACCUUUGCCACCCUCUCUGUCCGAUGCUGUUGCUUCGGCUGGUGCUUUGGCUUUGACCCCUUCGCCUGACCAUGCAGGAGCGGUUCAGGAAAUGAUGCCUACUGAUGAUGGUUGCGAUGAUGGUCUCAGGCGCUCUCUGCAGCGCCAGUUCUCGGCAGAGGAGCAUUUGGGUGUGGCUGAUGGCUCACAGGAGGCUACACCAGUUGGGGGUGUAGCUGAUGGCUCACAAGAGGCCGCGCCAGUUGAUCAUGGGCUUGAAGGUGCUGUCCCGGAUCAUGAAUUGGGAUUGGUGCCAAAUCCAGUUGAGGAUCAGCUUGGUGACCUUGUUGCCAAGGCCGAUGAAGCUCCUAUGGCUGCAUGCGAUGCGCUGGACCAGAUGCCUGACCAUGUGCCUCCAUCUGUGGAAAAGGAGUUGGAUUGUCAGUUGAUUGAGGAUGCCUUCGUGGAGAAACAACAGGCUGUUCCAACACCUGCAAAUCCAGAAACCACUCCUUCUGUGGAGGCCCUUUGCUCAGCAGUGCCUGCACCUUCACAGCCAGUGAAUGCUUGUGAGGGUGCACUGAUGGCUGGUGGUUGUGACGAUGAACCAAUGCUUGAAGAUGAGAAUGGAGAGAUGGGUGAGAUGAAAGAUGAGAAGAUGGUGGUUGCUGAUGAGAUCAGUGAUGGGGGUGAAGAUGAUGAAGAGCCUCCUGUCGUUCCGAGGAGAGAUCAGUGGUCUUUGCGACCUGCUCCCAAGCCUCGAGGGCGAAAGCCCAAGGCUGCAGCCAAAGCCAAGGAGGCAAAGCCCAAGACGGCACCGCGUACUGGAGGCCGCAAAAACACCCGCAAGUUCAUCACUAUCGAUGACAUUGUUCCCCCGACCCCAGCACCACCAGCUGUUGCUGCUGAUGGCAACGGUGCUGUGCCUCCAAAGGCAGUCGAGAAGAAGCAGCCUCGUAAGAGGGCUGCAAAGGCCAAGGCUUCUGGUUCUAAGAAGAAGCGCCAAGCUUCUGCUGCCUCCGAGGGUGAGAAGCCGCUGUCUGCCAAGGACAAGGAAGAUGAAAAAAACAAAAUUGUUUGGACACAUGUUUCAAAAGAAGCUGCUCCUGUGGUUGCCGGAAACCUCAAAUGGGCCCCUGUGCAGGACAAAGCUGUGGAUGAUAAGGUUCUUCCUGAAGCUCCCAAGGAUGAUGCGGCUGAGCCCAUGGGCAGCUCUGGAAGCUCUGGACAUGUUGAGAAACCCAAGACCGAUGGUCCCGGCAGUUGCAAUGAUGAUCGACGUGAAGGUGAUGCUAAAGGUGGUGGCAAAGGUGAUGCCAAAGCUGAGCAUGUGAAAUCCUUUGCCAGGAGAUUCAUCCCGAAAUUGACACCUGCUCGUGAGCGUUGGUUAGCAGUCCGAGAUGUCUUCAACCAGCAUGUGAAGGAUUGCAUUGAGGAGCUUGGUUUCAAGCCCUACCCUGUGGAGGCACGAGAUUUCCUGUGUGCCCCCCUUGUUUUUAAACAUGUGGAUGGGGAUGUGUAA